AUGGAUUCAGUCUUUGAUGAUAAGCAGCAGUUUCCUUUUUUCUAUAGAACAGUUCCUAAUGAACGUAACCAAUAUGGUGCCAUGCUAAAAAUUCUACAGCACUUUGGCUGGACUUGGGUGGGGAUUGUAGCUUCAGACGAUGACAACAGCCUAAAAGGAAGCCAAGAACUGAAGGAACUUCUCCUCAACAGCGGUUACUGUGUAGCUUACUUAAAGCUGUUCAAAAAAUUUAUGUCUAUAGGAGACGAUGAUCCACACAAUAUUUCAGAACUGAUAUCAAGAUCGACAGCCAAUGUGGUUAUAAUCUACACAUAUACUACGAACAUGAUCAGAUUUUCACAACAUCUGGGUGAUGUGGAAAAACCAGAAGUAGUUUGGAUCAUCACAUGUACGUUAACAUUUUCCCCUGAUUUAUACACUUUUCAAACUAUGGAGGUGUUUAAUGGGUCUCUGGCACUUUCUCUCGGAACAGGAAAUAUCCCAGGUUUGAGAGAUUUUAUGUAUAGUGCAAAUCCGCAGACGUAUCCGGAUGAUUACAGAUUUUUAUGUGCAUGGUAUCUACAGUUUAAUUGUGACUCAGUUGAUUUUGCUAAUGACACAAAUGUUACUGACUACAGGAAAUCAGGAUUUGGGUUUCCACCAUGUACAGGGAAUGAAACGCUGAAGGAUGUUUAUCUCUAUAAGUAUGAUGGGCAGAACUUCAAGAUAACGUACAGCAUUUAUACAGCUGUCUAUGCAUUAGCUCAUGCAUUACACGCAAUGCUCUCCGACAUUAAGGAUAUCGGUCAUCAGAAGAUGGAAUACAGACAGUGGCAGUUGCGUCAUUAUCUGCAGAACGUUCACUUCUCACUUAUUUCGGAUACAAUCUAUUUUGAUGAGGUCGGGAGCCGCCCAGGGUAUUAUGAUAUUGUCAACUGGAUAUUCCCUGAUGGGCACACCGUGAUUGGAAACUUCAACGCUUCUGCACCAGAGAAAGAUCAGCUUUUUAUCAAUACAACAGCAAUCCAGUGGAACCAAAAGUUCACAAAGAUCCCCCGCUCCACGUGCAGUGAUACCUGUCAGCCGGGCUAUAGAAAAUCUACUCAUCAGGGUGAGCCCAGCUGUUGCUAUGACUGUGUUCCGUGUUCUGAAGGCGAGAUCACUAAUGCAACAGACAUGGAAACCUGCAUUCCCUGCCCAGAAGAUCAGUGGUCCAAUCAAGGAAGAGACACCUGUAUUCCAAGAACUGUAGAGUUCCUUUCAUAUGACGACCCAUUGGGUGCUGCUCUUGCUGCUGUGGCUGUUGUCCUGGUUGUAAUAACAGCAUUAGUGUUGGGACUUUUUACAUUAAAUUGGGACAGCCCUGUAGUCCGAGCCAAUAACAGGGACCUCAGCUUCUUGCUCCUUUUUUCCCUCAUGUUCUCCUUCCUCUGCUCCUUGUUAUUCAUUGGGUAUCCUGGGGAAAUUACUUGUAAACUGCGACAAACAGUAUUUGGACUUUUUUUCACUGUUGCUGCCUCUUCUGUCCUGGCUAAAACCAUCACAGUUGUUAUUGCAUUCAAAGCCACAAAGCCUAAUAGCAAAUUAAGAAAGAUAUUAAGGACCAGCAUGUCCUUCUGUUUUGUCCUUGUCUGCACAUUUGGUCAGGCUGCUAUAUGCACUGUGUGGUUGAUAACUUCUCCUCCUUACCCAGACUAUGACACCCAGUCAAUCACAGGGAAGAUGAUAUUAAAGUGUAAUGAAGGAUCCCCUAUUGCAUUCUAUAUUGUUGUUAGUUACUUGGGAGUUCUCGCUUCUCUGAGUUUCCUUGUUGCAUUUGCAGUAAGGAAGGUGCCUGACCGUUACAAUGAAGCCCAGAUGAUCACUUUCAGCAUGCUGAUGUGUUGCAGUGUCUGGAUCAGUUUUGUCCCAGCCUACCUGAGUUCCAACAGCAAAUUCAUGGUGGCUUUGGAGAUCUUCGCCAUCCUGACAUCCAGCAGUGGGAUACUGGGCUGUAUCUUCUUUCCUAAGUGUUACAUCAUCAUGCUGAGACCAGAACUAAACACCAAAGGGAAAUUUAUAACUAAAGACACAAAUAUCAAAACAUAG